AAAAUUCAAAAAAGGCCCGGAAACGAUGUGAUGUGUGCCAUUUACGCCAUCUGCAAGAGGAAACCCAGCUCCAGAGUGAUUCUCCACUGUUCUUCUCUUUCUCUUCCUCUUCCUUUUUAAAAAAUCUCUUCUCUCCGAGGCACGAAGAGAACAAGAGAAUACAUUUUUUGAAGAGGAAAGAUCGAAUCAAUGGCUGAGGAAUUUGCUAAAUCCGUCGAGGAUGGGCUCCAGCUCUCCAAGCGUUUGUACUUCGGGAAGGACAGGGCCGUCGCUCCUCCUAGGCCGCCGAUUUCAAUGAAUAAAUCGGCAGAAAGCUUUCUCCCAACCGCACCCAUGGUUUACGCGGUCAUAUCGGAUCCAGCUAUUGUGGAUAACCCGGAUUUGGCCAGCUACCAGCCGCACGUGCACGGCCGGUGUGAUCCGCCCGCCCUCAUUCCGCUCCAGAUGAACCGGAUAGAACUCGAGGCCGAUUCUUAUUUGGACGCUGUUAUUGUUCACCUAAGCGGUUCCUGGCGGGUCCAUUGCGUUAUGGGCAGUAAGAGCUGUGAUUGCCGUAUUGCGAUUCCUAUGGGCGAGCAGGGUUCAAUUCUAGGUGUUGAGGUGGAAGUUCCUGGAAAGUCGUAUUCCACUGAACUGAUCGCAAUCGAUGGCAAAAAAGAUAUGGAAAAAGAAGGCCGGCCCGAAAAUGGAAGCUUUUUGAAGCCUCAUAUAUUUACACUGACAAUUCCAAAACUUGAUGGUGGCUCCAUUCUUUCCAUAAAAGUUAGUUGGAUACAGAAAUUAUUAUUCCACAAUGGAGAGUUCUCGUUGAUUGUGCCAUUUAGUUUUCCAGAGUACGUCACUCCUGCUGUAAAGAAACUACCAAAAAAAGAAAAGAUCCUAUUGAAUGUGAACUCUGGUACUGGAACUGAAAUUGUGUGCAAGACGACUAGUCAUGCUUUGAAGCAAUUAAAACGUGAAGCAGGGAAGCUGGGUUUCUCCUAUGAAUCAGAAGUUCUUUCUUGGACAUGCGUUGACUUUGCUGUCUCAUAUUCUGUCUCUUCAAGUCAUAUAUAUGGCAGUGUGAUUCUGCAAUCCCCAUCUGUGCAUGAUUUUGACCAAAGAGAGAUGUUCUGCUUCUAUCUUUUUCCCCAAGACCAAUUGAGUGGGAAGGUGUUCAGAAAAGAGAUAGUAUUUGUGGUUGAUAUAAGUGGAAGCAUGGAAGGAAAGCCACUUGAGGGUGCAAAGGCUGCACUGUUUGGAGCCCUAACCGAACUCGAUUCAAAAGAUUCAUUCAAUAUUGUAGCUUUUAAUGGGGAGACUUAUUUAUUUUCUUCAUCAAUGGAGUUGGCAACUGCAGAAACAGUUGAAAGGGCUGUUGAGUGGAUAAAUUUAAACUUUAUUGCAGGGGGCAGUACAAAUAUUUUGCUUCCCCUAAAUAAGGCCAUGGAGAUGGUAUCAAAUACUCAUGGUUCAUUUCCUGUGAUUUUCCUUAUCACUGAUGGGGCUGUUGAAGAUGAAAGACACAUUUGUGAUUUAAUGGAAAGUCAUCUAACUGGCAAGGAAUCAAUAUGUCCCCGUAUAUACACCUUUGGCAUAGGUACAUAUUGUAAUCAUUAUUUCCUGCGCAGGCUUGCGAUGCUUAGCAGGGGGCAAUAUGAUUCUGCAUAUGACGUAGAUUCAGUUCAAUCUCAAAUGCAAAAGUUAUUUGUCAAAGGUCUAUCUCCCCUUCUUGCAAACAUAACAAUCGAUACAUUUGAUGAUCUUGAUGAUGUUGAGGUUUACCCCUCCCGCAUCCCAGACCUUUCAUCCGAAAGCCUGUUGAUUAUCUCUGGAAGAUAUCGAGGAAGCUUUCCUGAAACUGUUGAAGCUAAAGGUGUUUUAGGAGAUCUGAGUAAUUUUGUUGUAGACUUGAAGAUACAAAAAGCAAACGACAUGCCACUUGAUAGGAUUUCUGCAAAGCAACAGAUCGAUCUACUCACAGCCCAGGCAUGGUUUUCAGAAAACAAACAGCUUGAGGAGAAGGUCGCCAAAAUGAGCAUAAAUACAGGUAUCGUUUCCGAAUAUACUCGUCUGGCAUUUCUUGAGAGUCAGAGAGGAAACCAAGCCAAUGAAUCACCUAGAGCGCACAUGCUACCACACAAGACUGAUUCUCCAAAGACUGAUUCUCAAGGCCGGAGAAGAAUAUUGCUACAAAACCUUAGUGUUGGCUUUGGCAAUGUGACUGCAACUGCAGAAAACAUUCCUCAUGGAGUUGAAACAAAGUUGUCUGAGGCAGCUGAACUCAUUAAGGCAGCUUCAAAUUGUUGCGGACGGAUGUUUAGUAAAUGCUGUUGUAUGUGCUGCAUCCAGUGUUGCUCCAAGAUGAACGACCAAUGUGCAAUAGCAUUAACACAGCUCUGCACCGCUCUUGCAUGUUUUGGCUGCUUGGAGUGCUGUUCACAACUUUGUUGUUGUUGUUGUGAAGGUGAAGGAAACUAGAAACUCGCCUCAAAUAUUUUUACUAACCAAAUCAUUCCUCUGCUCAUGCAUCUCAUACCCUUCCGCGAUAGUUUAUACCUAUGCCAUAUUAUCAUAUUAACAAUUGCGAGAUGGAAAGAGCGAGUUAAUAAUGGCUCAUGCAAUGAAAGUUGUAUAAGAAAGAUUGAUCUCCAAA